AUGUCAGACACUAUUGCUCUGAGUACCGUUUGGGAAGAAAAGAUAUUGGAUCUUUGCAAAAUCUUUCCCACCGAAGAACAGAGCCAAAGAGGAACAACACAAACAACAGGGCUGCCUCAAGACAUGCCUGUCCCAUGGAGAAGCGACCCGUCGUAUGGCCAAAGUGUUCCUUUUCGGACCUGGUCGCCACUACGUGCGCAGAUUGAAGAUGCCAGUGAUAGAGCCAUCACGCUGCAACAGCUCCGAAACUUGCGAGACUACAUCAAGCGUCUGUGCAAAGCGGGUAUCCUAAAGAAGUCAUCCACUUUUAAAGAUGGUACUAAGGGUACCACUGCUGCCACGGAUGAUCGAGUGUUUUGGUUCACGAUCAAUCAGUACGAUAUCAAUGAACUAGUCUUGAAGAAGAUCAUCCCCCAAGAGAGAGCCUGCUCGUGGGUAGAAUUGGUGGCAGACCCCACCAAUCCCGCGCAACCUCCCGACACAUAUCUCUCUCACGCUUGGGCAGAAAGUUUUCGGGAUCUCAUGCUUUCUAUUGAGCACCACGCUCAGGAGAACCGAGUGGAUCCAGAUCACACGUACUGGUAUUGCCUCUGUGCGAAUAACCAAUGGGAUAUUUCGGGUCAACUCAACACUACCUUGAAAACAUCACCUUUCUUCCGUGCCUUGGAGAAUUCACGGGAAACCUUGCUCCUAAUGGACCGACAGGGGAUUGUGAUGAAGCGAGCUUGGUGCCUUUUUGAAUGGUACGAGACCAUCGAGGGUCUGAAACGUGCAGACUCGCUAAAAGUGGCAACAGGCUUGGGGAUGGUGGGAUCCUCCAUGGUCCAAACUGGGAUCUACGUCGACAUGCUGAAAGGUCUCGAUUCCAAAGAGGCGCAAGCAUCUGAUCCACGCGAUUUGAGGCGAAUUCAGAAUUCCAUUGUAGGAGAAGACGAAACCAAAGAUCUGGUUAUGAUCGCUCGCAUUGAAUCAGCAACCAAGAGUGGUCGCAUCGUGGUGGAGAAGGAGCACUGCCUGCAAACCGGUGACAUUGUGGUCUAUCACGUUGGCGUUGGGGAUCCUCUUUUCUUCCAUACCGACUGCGGUCAACAGAAAACAGCUGUGGAAGGGGACAAGUUCAUUGUCAAGCUCGUUUCAGGACAACCAAGAGAAUUGGAACUGUAUCGUUACUGCGACGACAAUCGACCCGAGUUGGGAACCAAGCCAUUGAUCAUGCAAGGUGGAACCAUGGGGAACCUUGUCAGGAAUGACUAUGCAACUCUGCACGAGAAAUGGCUUGAUGCAAAAGUUGAGAAGUUUGUGGACCUCGACGAAAAGGUUGUGGCUCAAGCUACGUCAGACUGCGAAGAGUCUCGCCAAUCCAGGCGUAGUCUCGGGGACAAUAGGGCUCCGGCCUAUCGCGCCAUUACACUGAUGGAGCUACGUGCAUUUUACCAGGAAGUCAAGAAACGGUUCCAGGAUGAGGCGUGGAACAGGGAAUCGUUUGAAAAAGCCCAGAAGCGCCAUCGAAGCAUUCUGGGUCGCAACGAAGGCCCUGGAGAGCACUACGGAAACAGCAGCGAAUUCGGGUGGGAUGGGGAGUGGAAAUCCCUUACGUGGUAUCACAUCAAGCACCUGGUCAUAUUGGAUAAACUGCUUGGCGAGAACAAUGAGAACAAUUCCGUCGAAGAUCUCGAGCGCAGCUACGUGGACGUUAUUCCCGGAAAGAAGGCGCUACGCGGGCAAUAUCACUUCACCUUCAAUUGGAACGUUCCAUUCUCUGAGUUUAUGGAUGGCAUUGAGUGGCUUGCAGAAGCUCGGCGUAUGCCUGACACUACACCUUUCCUGAUUUACCCUUUGACAAUGAACGUUGCGACGCGGAAGGAGUACUAUGACAGCACUGUUUGGGAACAUUGCAUGAGGGCUUCAGAAGCCGCUGUCGUUCACACGGGGAACUUGAAUCGAGCGGGACCACUGUUGGACAUUCACAAUGCCGUUUCACAGAACAAGUCCAUAGAUUUGGUGUGCGCCACAGGUACUCUAGCGCUGGUCAGACCCUUUGCGGCAGGGAGCUGGGAGUUUGGUCGAUUUGAUGUUGCGUCCGCACUCAAGUAUGUCGACAUCAAUGUUUUCAAAGCGCAAAGCCACGAAAAAUCCUACCACGACCGAUUUAUGAGCAUUGGCAAGGUCGGCCUCUCCAAACUGAACAGAAAGCUACGAUCCGCUGGUGCUGGUCCAGUCCUUCGAGAUGCAGCUUUCAACAAUGACACGACAAGGGUGGAGAAUGUGUUUCGACAGUGUCCAUGGCUGAGUAUGCAAAGCGCCCGUCUCCAAGGGCCUCUCGGUGAAACCCCACUGCAUAUCGCCGCUAGCACGGACAGCAUCCAAGUGUUGGAGAUGUUGCUCCAAAAGAGCGCAGAUGUGAACGCCAUGGAUUUUGAUGGGGAAACUCCCUUGCAUUUGGCGGCGUUGGCUGGGAAGACACGCAGCGCCAGGAUUCUGUUGGAUGCUGGUGCGGACCCUAUGCAGGAAUCUUUCUUUUCCGAAACACCGUUGGAAGUGGCAUUGCAAAAACCUGCCUUUUUUCUGAUUGACUAUCGCCCGGUGCAAGAACUGCUACGAUCCUUUCCGCACGAGUAUGUUGUAAUGCAACAUGGUGAUGCUUGGUGGGGUAGUGAUUGUAGCUAG